UACGCGCGAGCGCGCAUGCCGGCUAAGCGGCUCCCUCUUGGUAAUCUUAGCCAGCAGCGCUUUCCGUUUCUCCAGGAGGUCCUGAAGUCUCUGUAGCCUCUCAGACAAGGUGCUGUCAGUGGUAACCCGCGGCGAUCUGCAUCUCCCUCUAAAGCGCACUCCCAAGUCGGCCCCCGCGCGCCCUCUCGAAGUCACCCGCGCUCGCCCUCCCGCCCUCUCCGGGGACGCGCGCUCUGGUUGGCUCCGGACUUGGUGCCUGAUGCUGCUGGCAGGGUAGAGAGGCCCCAGGUGAGUGUACGUGUGCCUCGUUUGGGGCUGGGGAGGUUGCCCUCGCAGAAGCGCGCCCUCGCUGCGCACCGCAGGGAGCCGGACAGAUAAGACAGGCGUGAGGACUGAGUUUUCCUGAGCUCGGCCAGGAAAGCAGUGUUGACAGACACCAGGUGCAACGCGAGGGAAGUAGUCAGGGUGCAUCUUCAGGGUUUGCCUCCACUUCGCCUCUUUGUACCUUUGGUGUGAGCUGGGAAAAGGGUACCCUGCUUCUCUGGAAUUCAUUCUGGACUUGGACAUCUUCGUGGGUUCACUUGGCACAAGGCUAGUUGCUGGUAUUCAGCCUUCCAGCCUCCCAUGUGGAUUAAUACAAAAGGACCUUAGCUUUGAAUGGCUUCACGGUUUAGAUCAUUAACCCUUCGGAUUUCUUAGAUGUCAUAGUUCAGGAACCUAUUACGCCAUUCCUUGGCAACGGCUACUCAGCACUGGUGACCUCUUCCAGUCCAACACUCUACAAAUUAUUAUCUCUGGACUCCCAGCUGACACACUGCCGGAGGCAAGAGCUACGAAGCCAACUAGAACUGUGCCUUUUCUUUUGUCAAGGUUUUUUUCUUACACAGGAAAACGGAAGAAAAAAAAGAUGAAGCUGGGCAAAGUGGAGUUGUGCCAUUUUCUACAGCUUAUAGCUCUCUUCCUUUGCUUCUCUGGAAUGAGUCAAGCUGAGCUGCCAAGGUCCAGAUCCAAGCCAUACUUCCAGUCAGGAAGGUCCCGGACCAAGCGCAGCUGGGUUUGGAAUCAGUUCUUCGUGCUGGAAGAAUACAUGGGUUCAGAUCCCCUCUAUGUAGGGAAGCUCCACUCUGAUGUUGAUAAAGGAGAUGGUUCCAUCAAGUACAUCUUGUCAGGCGAAGGGGCAAGUUCAAUUUUCAUUAUUGAUGAGAACACUGGUGAUAUCCAUGCUACCAAGAGACUGGAUCGGGAGGAGCAGGCCUAUUAUACACUGAGAGCCCAAGCUCUGGACAGACUCACCAACAAGCCUGUGGAGCCUGAAUCAGAGUUUGUUAUCAAGAUUCAGGAUAUCAAUGACAAUGAACCCAAAUUUCUAGAUGGUCCAUACACAGCAGGAGUUCCUGAGAUGUCUCCUGUAGGAACUUCAGUGGUACAAGUGACAGCAACAGAUGCCGAUGAUCCUACCUAUGGCAACAGUGCUCGAGUGGUCUAUAGUAUUCUUCAAGGACAGCCAUAUUUCUCAGUGGAACCAAAAACAGGAGUCAUCAAGACUGCCCUUCCAAACAUGGAUAGAGAGGCUAAAGACCAGUAUUUGCUUGUCAUUCAGGCAAAGGAUAUGGUUGGUCAAAAUGGCGGACUGUCUGGAACCACCUCAGUUACCGUGACCCUGACUGAUGUCAAUGAUAACCCACCUCGCUUUCCACGAAGAUCUUAUCAGUAUAAUGUUCCAGAAUCGUUGCCGGUGGCAUCAGUUGUGGCCAGAAUUAAAGCUGCAGAUGCAGAUAUAGGAGUCAAUGCAGAAAUGGAAUACAAAAUAGUGGAUGGUGAUGGACUGGGGAUUUUCAAGAUAUCUGCUGACAAAGACACACAAGAAGGAAUCAUUACAAUACAAAAGGAACUCGAUUUUGAAGCCAAAACAAGUUAUACACUGCGCAUAGAAGCUGCAAAUCGAGAUGCUGAUCCCCGGUUUCUGAGCUUGGGUCCAUUCAGUGACACAACAACGGUUAAGAUAAUUGUGGAAGACGUGGAUGAGCCCCCUGUUUUUUCUUCACCCUUGUAUCCCAUGGAGGUGUCAGAAGCGACACAGGUGGGGCAUAUCAUUGGCACUGUAGCAGCUCAUGACCCAGAUUCUUCCAACAGCCCUGUGAGAUAUUCAAUUGACAGAAACACAGACUUGGAGAGAUAUUUCAAUAUUGAUGCCAACAGUGGAGUUAUUACUACUGCCAAAUCAUUGGAUCGAGAGACAAAUGCUGUUCAUAACAUUACAGUCCUUGCAAUGGAGAGCCAGAAUCCAUCCCAGGUGGGGAGAGGCUAUGUGGCCAUCACUAUACUGGAUAUUAAUGACAACGCACCUGAGUUCGCUAUGGACUAUGAAACCACUGUCUGUGAAAACGCUCAGCCAGGACAGGUUAUCCAGAAAAUCAGUGCAGUAGAUAAAGAUGAGCCAUCCAAUGGACACCAGUUUUACUUCAGCUUAACAACAGACAUGACAAAUAACCACAACUUUUCAUUGAAAGAUAACAAAGACAAUACAGCCUCAAUACUCACAAGAAGAAAUGGCUUCCGCAGACAGGAACAAUCAGUUUAUUAUCUGCCCAUUUUCAUUGUGGACAGUGGAUCUCCUUCACUAAGCAGUACCAACACACUUACCAUCCGUGUAUGUGACUGUGAUGCUGAUGGCAUAGCUCAGACCUGCAAUGCAGAGGCCUAUGUUCUACCUGCUGGCCUCAGCACUGGGGCCUUGAUAGCAAUACUGGCCUGUGUCCUGACACUACUGGUGCUGAUCCUCCUCAUUGUCACUAUGAGAAGACGAAAAAAAGAGCCUCUCAUUUUUGAUGAGGAGAGGGAUAUCAGAGAAAACAUAGUCAGAUAUGAUGAUGAAGGCGGAGGAGAAGAAGACACAGAAGCCUUUGACAUGGCUGCGCUGAGAAACCUCAAUGCCAUAAGAGACAGCAAAACUCGGAGAGAUGUGACUCCUGAAAUUCAGUUCUUGAGUCGACCGACUUUUAAAAACAUCCCAGAUAAUGUCAUUUUUAGAGAAUUUAUUUGGGAAAGACUGAAAGAAGCUGAUGUGGAUCCAGGGGCUCCACCAUAUGACUCUCUUCAGACUUAUGCAUUUGAAGGAAAUGGCUCAGUAGCUGAAUCUCUCAGUUCGUUAGAUUCCAUCAGCUCAAACUCUGAUCAGAAUUAUGACUACCUUAGUGACUGGGGUCCCCGUUUUAAACGACUGGCUGAAAUGUAUGGAAAUGGCCAAGAGAGUUUGUACUCAUAGCCUUGGACCAUUACUUUGGAAUGCACUGCAUAGAAAGGCAGCAGGAAAAAAUUCAAAAGGAAAGAAAAGUGGAAAAUACUACAUAUAGUAAACAGAAAUUCCACUUCUGGGACAAAAGGAGGUUGUAAAUAUGUCUCCAUUUUUAACUGUUAAGGCUUCUGCCCUUGUGAAACAUUCAUUAGGUUAUCCAAGGGAUUUCGCUGACCACAGACUAAACAUUUGUAGUUGUGUUUUUUGUUUGUUUGCUUGUUUUGUUUUUUCUGUUUGUGGUUUCAUAUAAAAGAAAUGCUUAGUGGUUUGUGAAUAGAUAGCAACUUUCAUAUACCUGCAAAGGCACCUAACCUGUCUGAUAAAGUAAUGUCCUGUGUAGUCAGGGAGCCAAAGGCACCUGGCUCUAACUUUCAUGGUACCCUCUGUAAGAAUAAUAGUGCCUGGUACACCAUUCAAAAAAUCUGAGACCUUCUUGCCUAUCAAAACUUGGAAGAAUUUUAUCUCUACUGAAGCUUUUAAGAUUGCUAUAAAAGGUAGAGUUCAACAGAAUUUUAUCACUGUUGGUGCACAUAAAUAUUUUAUUUUAUUUAUCAAUAUAUACAUCCUUGUAAUAACUUCCCUAAGUGAAAAAUGGAAUAAAAACCAAUAAUUUAACAAAACAUAAGUCACUGUUUUGACAAUAAAUUAUAUGCAGUGUUCCAAGUAAGAAAAAUGAUAAAUAAUUCUCCAAGUUUGAAGUAGUUUUGAAACUCUCAUGUAUGUAAGAUUUAAACCAGUAGUUGCUGUCUAUUUGUUAAUUUUUAUUAUCUCUUCUGAUUUGUACAGGAGAAUAUAUUUUUAUUUAAAACAUAGUGUUGUGUUUAUUUUGGAGCUCUAGCCUCCACUCAGUUCAGGUUGAUCUUACUGCCUCAUGGUAUUAAGCUCAUAUGCACGUGCUGGCUUUUCUCAGCAUGAACUACAUGAAGGACAUGAAGCAUAGAAAAUGGAGUGACACAGCACAGUGGUAGAGCGUCAUUGCUACACACAUCUCAAAGAAACGCAUGGCUCUAAGGAUACACACACACACACACACACACACACACACACACACACACACACAUAUAUUGUCCUUCUGAGCCGCAAGAGUGUACAAAACUGUGGGAACAAAGUAUUUGAAUUUCAGUAAGACUUGGGGAACAUUGAGGUUUCUCUUAGAUUAAGAAAUAAUUUUCCAAAAUCAAGUGUUCUAUAUUCUCCAAAGACUUUCAAGGACCUGUUACUCAGCCUUCUUUGCUGUAAACACAGUGAGUGAAAGACUGAAAUUUAAGUAUAUUUUACAAAGUAUGAUGUUGUACAUUUCAAUCCAUUGUGUCAUGCCAGCAUUAAAUGAUGUGUAAGUUCUCUAGCUGUUAAGAUGUGCAAAAGUGAAGAGAGCAAUUUCAAGUAGUCAUAUGUGUUCAAUGUUGAGAUGAAUGUCUCAGAAUCUGAUGACUUUUUAAAACAAAAUGGUAUUUCUACUUAUUUUUCCUAGAUUAAUACUAGUUUAUUGUGCACAUAAUCAAAUAAGAAUGAAUUUAUUUGCCUUACUUUCUUGUUUCAAAAUUAAUUAACUGCUAAGUUCUGAGUAAACAUAUACAUUGUGAGUACUGUGUAUGAAUUGUAUUCUAAAAGUCCUCCUUUGGAGAAGAAAUCAGAACUAAAGUUCUCUGUUGGUUAAGUGAGAAGAAGCUAUAUAGGAUGCUGUAACUUGCAGUCUACAAUUAAAAAUGGGGUAUGAGAAAGUGGCCUUCAGCUGCAUAAUAUCAAUAAUUCAAUAAAUUUGUUACUCUAUACAGUCCUUAAAUAGAAAAAGUUAUUUAGAUAUUGUUCUAUGACUAGAUAGCUGCUAUAUUUCUUGCUCUAUUCAGAGUAUUAUGUAUAACAUUUUACAACAGAGUAAAGUAUCCUGUUCAUAAUUCUUAGAAAGACAAAUUCUUCUGAUUAAACCAAACAUCAUAUCUUUCAAGUUUAAUAAAAUGAGAUUGUGGUACAGGAAUUAUAUAGAUGCUGAAUCUGCAAAAUGCUAACAAAAUAGUUUGUAACAAGCCCCUGAUAUCUAGAAGAAAAUGAAAUAUUUACUACUGCAAUGAUAGUGGCAUAAAACUGCUUAUAUAUACAUAUAUAUAUACAUAUAUAUAUACAUAUAUAUAUAUAUAUACAUAUAUACAUACAAAAUGAUGAUGUAGUUGAUUUUUGCUAAAGGAACCUCUCGUGACACAGAUUUUAUCACUUUGAAAUGUGAAUGGAAUUUACCUUUUGCUAGUGGUAACUCAAGAAAAGAAUGCAUUACUUCAACUACUGGUUUGAAAUUCUUUGCAUCUAUCACAAUAUUGGUUAAGUUCUAUUGUAGUUUAUGAAAUUGCUAAAAAUCGAUGGACAAACGUCAUUACUAUCAGUAGAAUUUAUAGGACAAACUCAAAUUUAACAAGAAUGGGGGUAAUAUAGUUACUAUUUAUUAUUUUAGCUUGCUUUCAUGUUCUUAAAUCUAAUGGUAUGUCUGGCAUUAUAAUAUAUUAGACCUAAAAGAUUACAUCAGUUGACUAAAGAGGUGAAUUAUUAUACAAAUUUAGGGAUAUUUUCAAAGAUUAUUUAAAUACAUAUAUUUAUUAUUUAGUGAUUUAAAUUUAUCAUUGUACUUUAAACAGUCAGAAGAAUCUCAAGAACCAGUAUGGACCUUAUUCUUGAAAUUUACUUGCAUUAGUAUAAUUUUCCUGAGUUUAAUAUGAAUAUAAUAUGAAAACUUAGACAAUUUAGAUAAUGGCAUAUUGUCUGAUAAAAAUAUUGUAUUAGCUGUCUACUGAUUUUUUUCUCUGUUUCUUUUUAUUUUUGAUACCUGGUCCUAUCUGUAUCCCAGAGUUGCCUCAUACUGAUGGUACUUCUCUUCUCUCAAUCUCUCUUCUACCUGAAUUAAAGUUUUACAUGAACAAACUUGACAUGCAUACCCCAAACUAAUUCAUCACACCAUAACUCAUGACUAUAGAUAAAUUUUUGAAUAAUAUCAAAUAGUGAUUUUUUAAAAGAUGUGAUAAAUUCUAUCCUUAAUCACAGAUGCAUCAUUAGAAGUAAUGGCGGUAUAAAGGGGCUGAAUACUUCAUUGUAAGAAUAGAUAUCUUUACAACUUGUAGUACAAAAGACUAGGGCGGUAGCCCAUGUGUUUAAACAUUGAUCAUUUAUACAUCACAGCAAUUCAUUGACUUCAAAUUAAUAUUUUGAACUGUCUGAUUUCUUUAAAAUGUAAUUCAAGUUCAUUUAUUACUAUAUAUGUUGAAAAAUAUACCAAAUAUCUUUUCUGAAUUAUACAUUUUGGGUAAUUUAAAAUUAUGAUAAAAUUAUAAACCAAACCAGACAAUAAACCAUUAUCAGCUACAAAACAAAAUCAAGUACAAGUUCACACACACAGAGAAAAAAUGACCAGUGGAGGCAAUGAAUAGUUCAGUGUACCAGUAGACAAUGCACUCAAUGGAACAAGAUUCCCAUUUCUUUACUAUAAGCAGCUACUGGGACAAAUUAAAGUUUGGACUGGAUGCAAGAAUGGGAAAGGUCCACAAGCAUUAUUUGACGGUAUGAAUCUGAUGGCUCACCAUCCAUAAACAUUCUCAAUUACCCUAACUCUAAGCAUGUUUAAUCUACACGUUCCUUGGUAAAGAGAAGGCAUAGACAGGUGUUCUUCACAAAAUGGAAAGUGGUACAGGUACAGGCAACAUCUGUCACACGAUCCAUGGGCAGAAAUAGAAAUGCCAAUGCAUUGUUCAAAUGUUCACCUGGAAGAAACUGAAAAUAAGCUGUUCAAGGAAGAGGAAAACUAGUUUUGUUUCAACAUUUUAAACUUUCUAAGCACUAGCAAGAAAUAUUAGUCAUGUUUAUAGUUUUAGCCUGUCAUCUGUUGACUUACACAAGAUUUUAAUUGCUUCAAUUAUAUGUCACUAUUUAUAUGCUUAUUUACUGUUAAUCUAAUAUAAUUAUAGUUGAUUAAAUCUUCAUCUUAACUCUUUCAGGUCAGAUAUAGGUAAAGACAAGUAAAAGACAUGAUAAUUAACAUGAGUUCAUCUACUUUGUGUUAGUCUACAUGUACAGUGAUCUUAACAAACAGUCUAAAUUAUUCACAAUAAAUAAUGGGCAUAUAUACAAAGGUAUAUAAAAUGUUGGUAUGGGAAUUAAUACAGUCUUGUGUGGUAAGUAAAUAUAAUUGAUCAAAAUUGAUAGUCAAAUCCCAGUGCCUUGUAUAUAAUAAAGAUUAAGAAAGAAUUUAUAUCCUAUAUAUUUUAAGUUUAGCUGGAUUAUUUUGCAGAGAACAUGAGCAGUAUCUAAGUCUGUGAUUAGGAAACAAGAAGAAAAUUUCCAGUAUAAAACUCUAGCAAAAAUCAAUGUGUGUGAUAGUCCUAUACAUUUAAAUUGCAAUGCUGAUUUCUAUUGACUUGGUUUACCUGAAAUGUAUACAUGUGUAAUAGUGGAAGCAUAAGGAGGUUUGUCUGAAGCAACUGCAAACAAAGUAAUAGACAGGCAGUUGGCUAAGGAAGUACAUUAUUUAUUUUGUCAAACAUAAUUAUACAUUUUAAAAGUUCAAUUUAUAUUGGGAGAAAGAGCUUGGCUGCUAAAGAAGGAACACUUAGAUGAAAAAAUGUAUAAUUGUCAUGUCUUGCUGUAUAGACGUGAUCUCAUUUUUAUCAUAGGAUCUGGAAAAUGAAUUAAUUUUUGUGAAAUGCUAUCAGCCUUCUUGAAUAUCUGUCAUCCAAGGUCAAUGAACAGGACACUCAAAAUAAGCAUACAAGUCUAAAACAUAGACAAAAGGCUGAUUCGUUAUACUUUUAUAUCUUGAUUAUUAAAACAGAGUCAUGAGCCAUAUCUAUUUUAAAAGCUCAUGAGACUAAACAUAACAGGGAUAAAUGUCCUAAAUAGAACCCCAUUUUGUUCUGGGGCUCAGACUCUAAGAUCGCAUCAAUUGAUAAAUAGGAUUCAGGAAACCAAAAAGCUUCUGUAUGGCAAAAGAUACAGUUGAUCAGACAAAUCAGCAAGCCACAAAUUGAGAAAAAAUCCUCACAAACUCCACAUCCAAAAGAGAGGUAAUAUCCAAAAUAUAUAAAGAACUCAAGGAGCUAUCCUUGAAAAAAAAAACAAAUAA